ACACAAGAAGUGGUCACCACUGAUGACAUUAAGCCAUUACAAGACUGUGAAUGGGAUGAGACUACGAGUCAAACAAGUGGACAGCAAUUGAGCCCAAGAAGUAUCAAAACAGAGGAAACUUUGGUCACAAAUGAGACAUUAAUAACAAACCGUAAGGAAUGGAUGGGAUAUUCAACAGACGUAAGGGAUAAGCCGUUUAAAUGCGAUUACAAUGACUGCCAAUAUAUGGCUGAAAACAAAUAUCUACUCAAGACUCACAUGAAAAGCCAUUCAAAAGUUUUAACAAUUAAAUCAAAAGCAAUGGUCGGAAGGACUAAAAAGUCUAAACGAUUAUCACGUGAAGAGUGCGAGAAGUUCUUCGACGUGACCAUCGAUUCAUACAUUUGUCCGCAAACUGAUUGUCACAAGUCUUACGGCACUUGGCUUAGAGUCAGAGAGCAUUUGUUUCGCACGCAUGCGGACGAUAGGGUGGUCUGUGUCCACACGGACUGUCAUAAAGUGUUUAAGUCUGUGGACCACAUGAAGGAACACCUCAAGCACUUCCACACCGUAAGGGUUAAGGCAUUCAAAUGCCAUUUCGAUGGCUGUGUCUACGAGUGCACCACAAAAUACCUUUUGAAUAAUCAUUUGGAAACGCAUUCUUCUGAGAGACUACAUGUCUGUAAAGUCAUUGGUUGUCUCAAGACAUUUAAGACCAAAUCGUGUCUUUACGAUCACCACCGGACACACAGUGAUGUCCCCCGAAAGGGAUGUCGUAUCGACGGAUGUAAUGAAAAGUUUUUCUCAGAAAGUACUUUAAUUAAGCACAGGGUUAGUGAACAUGGGUUUAAGCCAAAAGUAUGGGAGCCUAAGCUACGGUCAUGCGAGUGGCCCGGAUGUGACUACAGCACCAGGAGGUCUGAUCUCAUGACCAAACAUAAGCGCUCGCAUACCGGUGAGCGGCCGUAUGCGUGCGAUUGGCCUGAAUGUGGAAAAUCAUUCAAACGAAUCGAUGAUUUGAAAGACCACAAGAAUAUUCACAAUAAUGUGAAACCAUAUGCGUGUCUUUGGCCCGGAUGUCAGUAUAGGUGUAGUAAUAAUUCAAACCUUUACAAACAUAAUAAGCAAGUUCAUCAGAAAAACAGACAAGAGUUCGUUGAGUUAUUGCAGACACAAGAAGUGGUGACCACUGAUGACAUUAAGCCAUUACAAGACUAUGAAUGGGAUGAGACUACGAGCGAAACAAAUGGUCAUUUGAACCGAAAAAAUGUCAAAACGACUAAAAUGUUGACUAAAAAUAACAAAUUAAUAAACCGUAAGAAAUUGAUGGAUACGAGGGAUAAGCCGUUUAAAUGCGAUUAUAAUGACUGCCAAUACAUCUCUACAUCCAAACACCUGCUGAAGGCUCACAAGAAAAGCCAUUCAAAAGUCUCAACCACUGAAUCCAAGCCAAAGAAAAGGAUUUCAAAAUUCAAUCGAUUAUCACGUGAAGAGUGCGAGAAGUUGUUGGAUGUGACCACCGAUUCAUACAUUUGUCCGCAAACUGAUUGUCACAAGUCUUACGCCACUUGGCUUAGAGUGAGAGAGCAUUUGUUCCGCACGCAUGCGGACGAUAGGGUGGUCUGUGUCCACACGGACUGUCAUAAAGUGUUUAAAUCUGUGGACCACAUGAAGGAACACCUCAAGCACUUCCACACCGUGAGGGUUAAGGCAUUCAAAUGUGAAUUCGAUGGC